AUGGCACCCAGAGCCUUGGUCGUUGGUGGAACAAGUGGCAUCGGCCUGGCCUUGGCCCGUCACAUCGCUGCAGCCCCUGAGGCCAUCGUCACAGUCUGCGGUCGUACCAAACCCGCUAAUCUACCCCCAAACAUCAACUUUGCACCAAUUGAAGCUACCUCGAUGCGUGCAGUCAAGCAAUGGACCGACAACUUCAAACAGACGCUCGCGGGGAAUCAAAUCAACAUGCUCAUCAUGUCGCAAGGAACUUCCAACUUUACCGGCCGCGACGAGACCAACGAGGGAAUCGACCGCAAGAUGGCGCUUCACUAUUACGGCAGACAACUGAUCGUCCGUGAACUGACCCCUGUUCUCAAACAAGACGCCAAGGUUCUUUUCAUCUUGAAUGGCAAGGAAGGCUCUCCAGCUCACAUCAACUGGGACGAUCUGGACCUCAAAAGGAGCUACUCUAUGAGCACGGCUGCCCAACAGUCUGCGACUAUGCUCGACAUUAUGGUCCAACACUACGCCGCGGUGCAGAAUGGCAGUGACAAUCGGCAUUACGCACAUGUGUAUCCUGGCGGAGUGCUGACUGGUCUUACGAGAGCCUGGCCGUGGUACAUGAGAGCGGCUGUCGGUGUAGUUGGCCCACUAAUCGCUGUGAAGCCUGAGACGUGCGCCGAGCGUCUGUUAGGGAAUCUUGACAAGGUCACUAGUGAGAGAGAGAAGGAUGGGUAUUUCUGGAGCAACAUAAAUAGCGAUGGGAGCUUAAUUCGGGAUAAGGCCGUCUGGAGCGAGAGCCAAAGGGAAUGUCUUGCUGAGCAUACAUGGAGAACCAUCGAAAGUGCUCUAUGA